AUGACUUUGACAAAUUUUAAGUCGGACGCGCUUGAUGCCCUUUGCACACAAGAGCAGCUCGAUCUUUUGGAUUCCGUGGAUACUCUUCGAUCGCAAGGAAUCAGCCAUUAUGUCUCUCUCCCACAAAUCAUUGUGUGCGGGGAUCAAUCUUCCGGCAAAAGCUCUGUUCUCGAAGCUAUUUCCGGUGUUUCGUUUCCAGUGAAAAGCAAUCUCUGUACAAGAUUUCCCACGGAGCUUGUGCUUCGGAAGCAUUCUCAGGUUGGGGUUCGAGUCUCGAUAGUACCCCAUCACUCUCGAAGUGAAGCAGAGCAACAGUCGCUGGGUAGUUUUUGUGAACAACUCGGUGGAUUUGAUGGUCUCGCGAUUCUGAUCGAGAACGCCAAGGCGGCAAUGGGAAUCUCUACGCACGGGAAAGCUUUCUCCAAUGAUUUGCUUCGGGUUGAGAUAUCGGGUCCCGAUCGUCCACAUCUAACAAUCGUUGAUCUUCCGGGUCUUAUCCACUCUGAGACACGACAGCAAUCGGCUGCCGAUGUACAAUUGGUGCAAAGUGUGGUUCAGUCGUACAUGAGCCAGCCACGGAGUAUCAUUCUGGCGGUGGUAUCCGCAAAGAACGACUUCGCCAACCAGAUCAUCUUACGCCUAGCGCGAGACGCAGACCCUACAGGAAACCGGACCUUGGGGGUGAUCACCAAGCCUGAUAUUCUGGUAGCCGGAUCCGAGAGUGAGGCAUCGUUCAUAUCACUCGCUAAGAACAAAGAUGUGGAAUUCCGCCUGGGGUGGCAUGUGUUGAAGAAUAUGGAUUCUGAAAGGGGUCACUGGGAUCUGUCCGAGCGAGAUGUUCAAGAAUGGAAAUUCUUUUCUCGAGGGAUCUGGGAAGACAUGCCUCGGUCUCUUGUGGGUGUGAACACUUUGCGCACUCGACUGAGCAAGCUGCUUCUCGGGCAAAUUGCAGCCGAAUUGCCUAGCCUCAUCGAGGAGAUCAACGCCAAGAGCGAUGCGUGUCGAGCUCAGUUAAGUAAGCUCGGUCAACCUCGAGCCACACUGGAUGCACAAAGAUCAUAUCUCUUUCACAUCAGCCAAUCGUUUCAAUCCCUAGUCAAGACUGCGGUGGACGGAACAUACAAUGAACCUUUUUUCGAACCUGCCCAAACCGACGUUGGGUAUAAAAGACGAAUUCGCGCGGUGAUCCAGAAUCUGAAUGCGGAGUUUGCAGCAAAUCUCGCACGAUACGGUCAUUAUCGUCAGCUAGACAUCACAGAGGAAAACGAUGCUAUCGGCGAGCAUCAAAUUCAAAUAUCACGGGAUGACUAUCUUGAUGACAUUGGUACACUAUUGGAGAGGACACGCGGUCGUGAAUUACCGGGCACUUAUGAUCCGAUGAUCACCAGAGAUCUGUUCCAGGACCACAGCCGACCGUGGGAGGGCAUAUCCCGCAACCAUGUUAUCGCCGCUUGGGUUGCCGCGAAAGAGUUCCUCCAGCAAGUAGUCACAUAUGUCGCAGAUAAGGCUACUUCCACCGCCUUGUUUGACAAAGUCAUCCUUCCAGCCCUAAUUGAAUUACGGGAAACGUUGGAGCAAGGAACUGCAGAACUGCUUGCUCCCCAUCAGCAGCGGCAUCCUAUCACAUACAACCAUUAUUUUACCGAGACACUUCAGCACACACGUAAUGGCCGUCAAAAAGAGCAGUUGCGCGAGGCGCUCAAGCGUCACUUCAAGGUUGACCAUUUACCAAGUGCAUACGGGACAUGGGAUUCUGUUGACCUUCGUGCGCUCUUUGAUUCCCUCGUUAGGAGUACCGAACCGAACAUGACAAAGUAUGCGUCAGAGGAAGCUCUAGAUUGCAUGCUAGCGUAUUACAAGGUUGCUUUGAAACGCUUCGUGGACGACAUUGCCACAGAAGUGGUUGAAAUGAAGCUUCUUUGCACUCUGCCUGGCAUUUUCAACCCUGUGACUGCUUUCGAUAUGUCUGACGAGCUGGUGACGCAAAUUGCAGGCGAGAGCGAGGAAAGCAGAAGUCUUCGCGAACAGCUGAAUAAGAAACUACAUGUUCUCGCCAAAGGUUCCGACACUUGCCGGCGAUUUGUUGGUAUCAGAGGGAUAGGUAAGAAGCUCGCUACACCAUCUCGUAUUGAAACUAACUCAAUCAAGAAUUCCCAAACGAAAGCAGCGAGUCAAACAAUCCACGUGCUACCCAAUUUUCAAGUGGCUCUCGGAGCCCUUUUGAGGAAGCUGAAAACACUGCGAUCCCCGAACAUGACGACCAAAAUGAAUACUCGGAGUCUUUGA